GCGUACGCUGCCGUGCUGCACCACAACCAGAGCCCGGAGUUCUACGAUGAGCUGUGAAAUUAAUACAAAGGCAACAUCGAAAAAACAGGACACCGUUGAAACUCAAGUGGGAUACGCCUGGGUGCCACUGCUGAAGGACGGGCGCAUUGUCACCCUGGAGCGGCAGCUGCCCGUGUCCUCCAACCUCCCAGCCAGCUACCUGGGCCUUGCAGACCCCGAGUCACGCAAGCAGCCCAGUGUGGAUGCAAAGUGGGUGGAUGGAGCAAAGCCCCUGUUUAAAAUCAGAAUCCAUUUGGACUCGACCAUUUACACCCAGGACAUGCACUUGCACAAAUUCUUCCAGUACUGCCAGCUGGUUCAGGCAGGAGCCAAGGAAGUGCCAGGAGAGCUUGUGAAAUACCUCAAGUGUUUGCACGCGAUGGAGAUCCAAGUAAUGAUUCAGUUUCUACCUGUAAUUCUUAUGCAACUAUUUAGAGUCCUCACCAACGUGACGCAGGAGGAUGAAGUAGCUGUCAACUGCACCAUGGUUCUCCUGCACAUCGUGUCCAAGUGCCACGAGGAAGGGCUGGACCAUUACCUGCGCUCCUUCAUAAAGUAUGUCUUCCGAGCUGAGAAACCCAGUGCCAAACAGGCGAAGAUGACCCACGAAAUCCUGGUCCUUUCCAUGGCCACCAUCCUGAAGCAGUCGGCAGAUUUUCUGGCCAUCAAUAAGCUCCUCAAGUACUCGUGGUUCUUCUUUGAAGCGCUGGCAAAGUCCAUGGCAAUGUACUUACUGGAAGAAAACAAAAUCAAGCUGCCCAGAGGUCAGAGGUUCCCUGAGUCCUACCAGCACGCCCUGCACUCGCUGCUGCUGGCCAUCAUUCCUCAUGUGACCAUCCGCUAUAACGAGAUCCCUGAGGAGUCCAGGAAUGUCAACUUCAGCUUGGCUAACUUCCUGAAGCGUUGCUUGACAUUUAUGGACAGAGGAUUUGUUUUUAACUUGAUAAAUGAUUACAUUUCUGGAUUCAGCCCAAAAGACCCUAAGUUGCUGGUUGAAUACAAGUUUGAAUUUCUUCAAACCAUUUGCAAUCAUGAGCACUACAUUCCUCUGAACUUACCAAUGACCUUUUCCAAACCCAAGCUGCAAAGAGUUCAAGAUGUAAACCUCGAGUACACUUUAACUGAUGAGUAUUGCAGGCAUCACUUCCUCGUGGGGAUGCUUCUUAGGGAAGCCUCUGUUGCCUUGCAGGACAAUUACGACAUCCGAUACACGGCCAUCUCAGUCUUAAAAAAUCUCUUGAUCAAGCAUGCCUUUGACAACAGAUACCAGCACAAGAACCAGCAGGCAAAGAUCGCGCAGCUGUACCUGCCACUGUUYGGGGUGCUCCUGGAGAAUCUGCAGCGUGUGGCCAGCCGUGAGGCACUGACCUCCUGCUCUGCCUCCAGCCCCGCAUCCAGGGAUGAAUUCAUAUGCAGUUUUCCAUCCCCCUCAARCAGAUCCAGCCUGAUUGCAGACAAAGAUGCAGCCUGUGGAGCAGCCCUUCCAAAUGGCCAUGCAAUGAAACGAGAGGACUCAAAAGGAUCCCUGAACUCRGAAGGAGCAACCAGUUCCCCAGAUCAGAGUGAAAAUAUCCGCAGGAGCUCCCUGAGGAGCAGCRUGUCCCACUGCAGCCGGCUGGACCAGUUUGAGAUCCGGACACUGCUCAUGUGCUACCURUACAUCGUGAAGAUGAUCUCUGAAGAUACUCUUUUGGCUUACUGGAACAAGUUCUCCCCCCAGGAGMUGAUCAAUGUCCUUGUGCUUCUGGAGGUGUGUUUAUUCCACUUCAGAUACGUGGGGAAGAGAAACAUUGCCAGCUCCUGCAUGCGAYCCCCAGGCACAGGCGAGCGCAGGUUGGCGGUGUCCCCCCCAGCCAGCUGCAGGGUGCACGAUGCCUGGCUGUCCAAGCACACGGCGGCCGACAGGAAAUCCCAGACCAUGCCGGCGCUCCGCAGCAGGGCCGGCGUGCGGCUCCAGCACCUGGGCAGCUUGGASACAUCCUUCACCCUCAACCACAAUGCAGGUACCUCAGAAGCAGAUAUUGUGCACCAGGCGUUACUGGAGGGCAAUAUUGCCACCGAGGUGUGCCUAACAGUCCUGGACACCAUCUCUUUCUUCACUCAGAGUUUCAAGACCCAGCUUUUAAGCAAUGAUGGCCACAAUCCUCUUAUGAAGAAGGUUUUUGAUAUUCAUCUGGCUUUUCUCAAAAAUGGGCAGUCAGAAGCAGCCCUUAAGCACGUAUUUGCCUCUCUGAGAGCUUUCAUUAGUAAGUUUCCCUCAGCAUUUUUCAAGGGAAGGGUGAACAUGUGUGCUGCCCUCUGCUAUGAGAUCCUGAAGUGUUGCACUUCCAAGGUGUCCUCCACAAGGAAUGAAGCCUCUGCUCUUCUGUAUCUCCUGAUGAGAAAUAAUUUUGAGUUCACCAAAAGGAGAACGUUUCUGAGAACGCAUCUUCAGAUAAUCAUUGCAGUGAGCCAGUUAAUUGCAGAUGUGGCCCUCAGCGGUGGGACCAGGUUUCAGGACUCCUUGCUCAUCAUUAACAACUUUGCAAACAGCGACAGGCCCAUGAAGGCAACUGCUUUUCCUUCCGAAGUCAAAGAUCUGACAAAGAGAAUCCGCACAGUGCUCAUGGCUACUGCUCAAAUGAAAGAACACGAAAAGGACCCAGAAAUGCUGGUAGAUCUCCAGUACAGUUUGGCCAAGUCUUAUGCAAGCACCCCYGAGCUCCGGAAAACGUGGCUGGACAGCAUGGCCAAGAUACACGUGAAGAACGGCGACUUCUCAGAGGCAGCCAUGUGUUAUGUUCACGUAGCAGCCCUCGUUGCCGAGUUCCUGCACAGGAAGAAGCUCUUCCCCAGUGGAUGCACUGCCUUCAGGAAAAUCACUCCCAACAUUGAUGAGGAAGGUGCAAUGAAAGAAGAUGGUGGGAUGAUGGAUGUACAUUACAGUGAGGAGGUCCUGGUGGAACUGCUGGAGCAGUGUGUAGAUGGCCUGUGGAAAGCAGARCGUUACGAGACAAUUUCUGAAGUUUCCAAACUGAUCAUUCCUAUCUAUGAAAAGCGGCGUGAAUUUGAGAAACUCACCCAGCUGUACAGAACACUCCACGGAGCGUAUGCCAAGAUAUUGGAAGUAAUGCACAGCAGGAAGAGGCUUCUUGGAACUUUUUUCAGAGUGGCCUUUUAUGGACAAACGUUCUUUGAGGAGGAAGAUGGGAAGGAAUACGUCUAUAAGGAGCCCAAACUGACAGGCCUCUCGGAGAUCUCCUUCAGACUUCUUAAACUUUAUGGAGAAAAAUUUGGGUCAGAGACUGUAAAGAUUAUCCAGGAUUCUAAUAAGGUCAACAUCAAAGACCUUGACCCCAAGUAUGCCCAUAUUCAAGUGACGUAUGUGAAGCCCUACUUUGAAGACAAAGAAAUGUCUGAAAGGAAGACAGAAUUUGAAAGAAAUCAUAAUAUCAAUAGAUUUGUAUUUGAAACUCCUUAUACUUUAUCUGGAAAAAAGCAUGGCAGUGUGGAAGAACAAUGUAAAAAAAGGACUAUUCUAACUACUCUGAACUCCUUCCCAUAUGUAAAGAAGAGAAUUCCAGUCAAUUACGAGCAUCAGGUUAAUUUAAAACCAAUCGAUGUCGCUACGGAUGAAAUAAAGGACAAGACAGCAGAGCUGCAGAAGCUGUGCUCCGCUGGUGAUGUUGACAUGAUCCAGCUGCAGCUCAAGCUGCAGGGCUGUGUUUCWGUGCAGGUUAAUGCUGGUCCUUUGGCCUAUGCCAGAGCUUUCCUAAGUGACAGCCAGUCUAGUAAAUAUCCUGCCAAGAAGGUGAAUGAGUUAAAAGAAAUGUUCAGGAAGUUUAUCCAAGCCUGUGGAAUUGCUCUGGAGCUCAACGAGCGUCUCAUUAAGGAGGAUCAAGUGGAGUACCACGARGGGUUAAAGUCCAACUUUCGGGAUAUGGUGAAAGAGCUUUCUGACAUCAUCCAUGAACAGAUCUAUCAUGAAGACACAAUGCAUUCGCCGUGGAUGCAGGACUCGCUUCACGUCUUCUGUGCGAUCAGCGGAACCUCUGGUGAUGGGAGUUACUGCUCACUCAGACCCACUGCUGACAUAUAAACAUAUCAGCCACAUUUCACAGAGCCUUCUCAGGAAUUCUUGGAACUGUAUAAAGGAUGUUUAAAACCAUCCAUGUUGAGCAAAGAUUCAAUUGUGGGGUGGUUUGGUUUGUUUUGGUUAUUUUUUUUUUUUUCCACAAAAAAAAAGUUACCAUGCUUUCAAACAGGGUGCUUGCUUAUUUUGCUGAGCAACAUUGAAAGUGCCUGGACAUUGCACCACUGUGCUUGUUUUCUACUAUUUUUUUUAAGCUAAAUGAAUAGCAGGACGUGGAAAGGCAGUUAUCUAAAUAUGUUUUGAAUUGCUGAACUAUGAAUCGAAACCAUGAYGUACUAUGUAAAGUUGUACAAUGGAAUAUAAUAAAAUGUAAAACUACUUUGUACAUAGAAGGAGUAUAGAGUAUAUAGAAAUUAGCAUUAUAUCMUAUUUGCUGCUAAAAGCUUUGUUGGACAGGGGACAUGAAGGAGAAAUUGUAGUCACUGGUGAGAGACCUUUCUCUUCUAAAAAGUGRCUUGGGGUCCAGACCCCCCUAUUGCACUCAACGAGAGUAAACUUGCCCUAGGCUGGAAUAACUAAAACCUAAGUCAGAAAUKAUAAAUUUCAUACAUCCUCAGAGCAGAUAUUUCUAAAGUAAUCUCCAUGAAAGCUGAGCUUACUGGAGCUGAUUCCAAUUCUGGGUAACCUUUCCCAGCUGCCGGAGAGGAUGGAUUGUACUCACUGAGGGCAAACCUGAGAGAUUUGCCAUUUCAUAUGAGUUUUCCUGUUUGACACUCAUAGUCUCACACAAAUAUAAACUCUGAGAACAGCUUAAAUUGAGUUGUAAAUUAUAAGGUGCUUUAACACCUUUUGAAAAAAUUCCAAUAAUCGGAAAGAUGCGAUUUAAAAAAUUGCAGCACAUCAAAGUAACAUACUAAAUUGAGGGAUUUGUUAGCACCGUAAGUCAUGCAUGUUCCCUCCUUUUAAACAGAUCUGUUCUCUCAAAUCUCAUUGUUUUUGUCUGAUAGGUAGUUGGAGAAAAUAUAUUUUUCAGGGUUCUUUCAUUCCUUCUUCCCCUUCCCAAAGCUUUCAUACAUCCUCUGUCCCUUUUUUAAUAAUACGCUUCAGAUUCAGGAAGAAGAACACAGUUCAGUAAUUCUUUUAUCCAGCGACAUUUUUAACAUCUGUGUUUUUCAAAAUCCUGUCAGUUGUAAAUAUGGUUCCAAUAUGGGAAGGGUGGGGGUUUUAAGGAUAUGUAUCAAAAUGCCAUAAUAAAAAGACUCCAGCUGGGUAUUUAGCUUGGCUGCAGUGUCUAUAAAAUGUUAAGCUUCUAAAUUUUUGUGACAAAAAAUAUCCUCAAAUAGUAACUGGACCACAUUUCAAAGUGUYUAUUGUGCAUGAUUCUAAAUUCCUGCAAUUAUUUGUCUUCUGAGGAAUUAAUGUCGUGAUCCAUAAAUUCACCCAUUAGCUGUUUCAAGCAAAAUACAGAUGUGCCUACAACAAACCUGCCAUAUUUCUGCUUGUAUGUGCUUUUGUGCCAGACAGACUCUAAAUUUAGCACAAACAGAAAGAGGAAGAGAGACUAGAGUGUUUAAAUAUGUUUACACCUUCCUGAUUGUUACCUUUCAACAAAUAAUAUUUAARAGCAUGUAGUGAGAGUUUUCCAAAUUGCUUUACUCGAAGGUGUGAAGCUCGUUAAUAGUUGAUCCAAUACCAGAUUUUUUUUGAGCUAAUUGACUUCUAAAUAUCAGUACUAAAGGCUUAUCUUGACUACAAUCAGCAAUGAUGAGACAUAGACAUGCAAAAGCUCUUGCACUGUAGCUCUUUUAAAUACCACAGGUAACCUAACAGUUUUCCUGGAUUUACAGGGAGAUCAUUAUGCAUGUUUUGUGAUGUUUUUAAUCUUCUGAGAUAUCAUUGUUGGCUGAAUUUUUGUAUUUUAUUCCUUAUUUUUAUUGGAAUUCCAGUGAAAUUCUUACUCGUAUCUUCAGGUGUCUUUAAUGGUCCAAGAUGAAUUUUGAUCUGUGUUUCUCAAGUUUUGGUAUUGGAGUUGUCCUGUCAUUUCACUCUCGUGUACUGGAAGGCUUUCUCAGUAAUUUGGCCGAAGUAGAAGUGUUUAGCACCAGUCCAGUUAGCAUAUAUACAGUCAUUGCAUUUCAGAAUACACUUAUAUGAAUUACAGAAAAUAUAUGCCCCAAGGAUUUGCCUUCAUUUCUGCUAAAUAUUUUUUCUGGAUUUUCUACAGAAAAAAUCUCCUUUUUAGAUAGGUUAUAAAAAGACUGGUUACAAACCAACUGGUUUUUCCUUCGUGUAUUCACCAAUCUAGAAAGGAUGGAGAGUGGCCAUUAUUUUACAGCUGUGUGUGGACAAUGGUGCCAAGAAGAUGAUCACAUUUCUCUAUGUGUCCUUUUCCUAUGUAAUUGUCACAGUUUAAAGAAAUGCUCAAGAUUUUUUCUUAAUUAUGGCUGAAACAGCUUAAUUCACAGAUCUAUCUGGAGAGUAUAUUGUAUAUGUGCCUGUUUUAUGUAGCAGGUACUCACACUGCUACUCUUUUGAGAAGAAUAGAAAUGUCUGCUGUUCAUCAACAUUUUGGUUUUCUUAUAUUGCCUAAGGAAUGCUAGGAAUUUUUUCAUCUUGAAAAAUUAGUGGGAUUUUAAAUUACAUCCUGGCAUGCGCUCUUUCUGUGUCUCAGUUUGGCUACACUGUGUAUUUGAGUGCUCUAAUCAUUUUUACUGCAAGACUGCUGUGUAACACAUCAAGUAUUCAGCAUGGAUGCAUUGGUAAUUUUGCAUAAAAGGAAAAGAAAAGGGAUGAAGUAUCUGUCUGUGAGGAUUAAGAGCUCUUGGCUACUCUCAGUAUCAGGGUUGGUUUGGAUAAUGGUUUGUGUCAGAGCCAGAUGGUUUGCAAAUAGCACAGACAAAUCAACAAAGSGUCUGCCAGCAUUUAAURUGCAAKAACUUGCUUUUAGAGACUUACAGAGAGAGCAGUGCAAACAUUUUCUCUGACCUACUGCUUUUCUCUCGGCASAGGGAUUAGAAAGUAGCAUUUUAAGAAAAAUAAUUUCAGAGCUCCACUUCCUUCCUCCCCAAAAAAUCCGGAAUGAAGAACUUACUGCAGCAGAGGAUGUGCUUUUACAUGCUACUUGGUAUUCUAAACUUCUGCUAACAGGACUUUUCAGGAGAUAGGCCAGCAAAUGAAAAAUCAUAGAUCAGGGAAUACCUCUAGUGGGUAACCUGUUUAUUUUCUUCCAGAAAAUUUUUGAACAUACACAACAUUGUAUUUUGAUACAGAAUAAGACUACAUAAACAUAAUGCCUUUGUCUCAGAGUCGGUAAAAUAAGUUUGUUUUCCCUUUCUGUAGAGACAGAAUCCAUGGACUUCACAGUAUGAUUUGAUUAAUGUGGCCCAAAAGAACUGGAGAAGAACAUAGGUGGAAAUCAUAAAAAAUUUGAUAGAAAUUAUCUACACCUUACUCAAUUUACCCACCUGAGGAGAGUAGCUCCCCAUGUUGAUGUGAGRUUCACUGAGCUGAGCUCUCUGACUAAACAAGGGGUUCUUACAGCAUUGAGGAACACUCUGUGCAGCCAAUUCUUACGCAACCACAGACUGUAGUACCGUAAAUAACACGCUUGUGCCAAGCAAAGGGGAACCAGUUGUGAUACACACAUAAUAUUUCAGCUAUUCUGGAUGAAAAUWACUCUCUGCUCSUGUAAAUUUAACGCCUGUUGCUACAGAAUCAUACCAGGAGUGCUCUUAUCCUGCAUGUUGUAUCUGUGUGUGUUGUAGAGCCCGGUUUACCCCUCUGUGUGUGAAAGAGCAGCACCUCUCAUUUGCCUUGGUUCUCAAGGGCUGUGCUGGACACCGAGGAUGCACAGAGCUGCUCCAGAGCUUCCUGACACCAGCCCUCCUAUA